ACUUCUGUCCCCUUCGGGGUGACAUACGAAAAAAUUGGAACGAUACAGAGAAGAUUAGCAUGGCCCCUGCACAAGGAUGACACGCUUACCCAGAGUGGCAGCUCUACGGAGCUCAAUAUUUUUGACUUAUUUUCAGGUCAGCACCCUCUCUGCAAAUGUGGCAAUAAUCUUCUAUGGCGUUCGUUCAUGCCGGCCGUCUCGCAGGUACCACAUCUCCAUUUACAAGUGCUCCAGCUUUAG